CCGCUGGCUCUGGCGAAGGCGGGACGAACCCCGGGUGCCGAGGCGGAGGCAUGAAGCGCAGACGCGGAGGCAGCGCUGCCCAGCAGGUCGGGGCCUGCGAUGUCUGGCUGGACACGGCGAAGCUGAAGCAGCGCCCGGUAGAGUCUCUCAUAUCCAGGCCAAAAGUAUCUCAUCGACUUCUGCAAAGGCGUUGUGAUGGGUACACCUCAGUGUCUUUCACGCAGACAGGAGCAGCUCCGUCACGCACCAAGCAAACUACCCUCUCCGCCUUCUUCAGUACUCAAAAAGGUGAAAAAGACAAAGGAAACUCCAGGUCCUCUCCCCUUAUCCUAAAUAAAGAACAUAAAGGAAUUCCUUUGGCUGCCUCCCCUGUGAAGACCUUGACGUUUCCACUGAUAGAGGAAGCACAGAAGCAACCGUGCAGAGCUGAAGAGAAGAAGAUACAGAUUAUACCCCAGCAUCUUGUACAAAAAGCGCUAGCCUUGCAGACUUUUUUGCCAGACUCUUCUGUACUAGAAACAGAGUCUCACAGUAAGAGUGAAGCCUCCUGUGGGGUAAAAGACGAUUUCUUCUUAGAUUUCACCCAGGAUUCAGAAGGCAACCGGAUCCUUGCUCACAGAAACGCAGCUGAUUUACGUGCAGGAGAAACAGUCUCUGCAAGCAACAUAACUUCAGGAAAGACAGCAGCCUCCUGGAUAAACAAAGAAGAGAGCCAGCUGGACCCAGAGGAGAAGGAUGGACUUGAUUUCCAACCAAGACGUGGUGCAAACCAAAAUACGUAG